AUGGCUCUUGCCCCGGCUCCAACGCGUCUACGCCAGAUUGCACUUGUCGCAGAGGAUAUCGAACGCGCGAAGCAGCAGCUUACCUACGUUCUAGGAACAGAAGUAGUAUUCGAGGAUCCGGCGGUUGAGCAAUGGGGGUUGAAGAACUUCCUCAUACCGAUCGGCGGCGACUUCAUCGAGGUAGUCUCGCCCAUCAAGCCAGGAACCACUGCCGGACGGCUGAUCGAGAAGCGUGGUGACGGCGGAUACAUGAUCAUCAUGCAGACCGAAGACGCGAAAAAGCGACGUGAAUACAUCGAGGCGAAGGGACUGUCGAGAGUCAUCUUUGAGCACAGUUACGCGGAUUCAGUGUGUAUUCAGUACCAUCCAAAGGGCAUCAAGGGUACGCGAGGCGCCUACCAAUUGCAAGGUUAUACGGCUAACGAGGUGACAGGCGGCAUGAUGCCAGAACUCGAUUCCCACGUACCAGGUCCAAAGAAUCCUACGCCAGUUCAGUCUCGCUUCUCUCCAUGGCAUGCCUGCGGCUCAGACAUCGACCGCUAUAGGGCCGGCAUGGAGCGGACCGAACACCUUACGCUAGAGGGCUGUGUACUGCGCCUGCAGCCCGGCGACCUUGGCCACGAAGCGGCCGCACGGGAGUGGGAAGCGAUAUUUGGCGUCGUGCGAAGUCGUGACCUGCUGGCCUUCACGAACGCCAGGCUGGGUUUCAUACCAGGGAGACAAGGGCAUCCAGAGGGCCUUGUGUCGAUCACGAUCGGCGUCAAGGGCCAGGAUAAAUAUGAUGCAAUACUGGAGAGGGCCCGACAGGCGGGCGUUUGUGGAAACGACGGGAUCGACAUGUGCGGUGUCAAGUGGUACCUUGCCCUGACAGGUCACAGGGCAACUAAGGGGAAGCUGUAG